GUACUUCAGUAGAGCAUCAACUUCGAACUGAAAUACACAUGUAGAGCACAAAGAUGGGCUCGAAUGUGAAGAGUAUCUUAGUGGCAGCGUUUGUGCUACUGACAAUCACACUAUACGGAGGUCUAUCCUUUGCUGUGUGGAAUCUCAAGUCUGAAAAUUCAAAUCUACAGAACCAAAUCACUAAGUUGCAAGAUAUUGUUGAAGCUAAAAAUUCAAACCCCCACUCGAGUGAUGAAGCCACGGUGAUGGGCAUACUAAAGCGACUAACUCGACAAUCCGGCUCCUCUCAAAGUGCUACUGAUCUACUUGCUGAUGCUCUGGCAGAACUAAUUGAAAAGAAACUCUACACUAUAAUGGAGUGUACUAGAAAUGACGCCGAUAAUUUAACAGACUGUUCGCUCAAGCCAGGCCCAAAGGGGAAUAAGGGAGGCCUGGGUGAUCAAGGCCCUCAGGGAAUAAACGGAGAAUCUGGGGUCAAAGGACACAUUGGCUACCCUGGUCAUAAAGGGGAGGUGGGUCCAAACGGUCCUAUCGGCGAUCCCGGCCCAAUGGGACACCGAGGGGUUAAAGGAGAUAUGGGUGAGAUCGGUAAACGAGGUGAUACUGGGGUUAAAGGUGAGCAAGGUUUGAAAGGACAUUAUGGAUUCCCUGGACACAAAGGCGAGAGUGGCGGGCCGGGUGCCAAGGGGGUUAAAGGAAUCGAGGCUUUGGAGGCGAUAAUGGAAGAAAGGAAUGACGGGGAAACAAGGUCCAUCGGGACCCUCUGAGACGUGUGGUGGUCCUGGAUGGAGGAAGGUGGCAUUCAUUGAUAUGACUAAUACUAGCCAAAACUGCCCUCAAGGACUAACACUGACUGGCUACUCAAAACGAUCAUGUGGUCGAACAAAUACAAAUCCAUACUCUUGUUCAUUAGUCACCUUUCCUGUUGGUGGGGGUCAAUACUACAGUCGAGUGUGUGGGAGAGCUAAGGCUUAUCACUGGGGGUACAUGCAUUCCUUUGUUGGGUAUACCAGAUAUUCAGGUGGUAUCAAUGCACAGUACGUUGAUGGACUAAGCUUCACUCAUGGAACACCCAGAACACACAUUUGGACAUUUGCAGCUGGUGGAUCUCAAGCAAACAAUAGUAAUACUUUAUAUGGAAUCCAUCGUUGUCCUUGUAACCCAGGCAACACCUACGGCUCCCCUCCAUUUGUUGUUAAUGACUAUUUCUGUGAGAGUGGUCUAAGCUCUCCUUCAGCAUAUGGACUUCACCUUCACACUGAUGAUCCACUCUGGGAUGGUCAAGGCUGUAUCCAUGGCAACCCGUGCUGUUCGUUGAACAAACCACCGUGGUUUACCAAAACACUAUCAACCCCCACAACUGAUGAUAUUGAAAUGAAACUAUGCUUACUUAAUUCUGCAGUACAUGCUGACAUUGCUCUUGAACAAAUGGAACUAUACGUCUACUGAUGAACUAGGGACACUGAACAUUGAUCUGACUCUGUUAAUUAG